CGCGGCCCCCCCCGAAGGGGCGAUGUCCAACGGCGUGUACGUGCCGCCCAGUGCGGCCAACGGGGAUGUGAAGCCGGUGGUCUCGUCCACGCCGCUGGUGGAUUUCCUCAUGCAGCUGGAGGAUUACACCCCCACGAUCCCAGAUGCCGUCACGGGGUAUUACCUGAACCGUGCAGGAUUUGAGGCCUCUGACCCACGCAUCAUCCGCCUGAUCUCGCUGGCUGCCCAGAAGUUCAUUUCUGACAUCGCCAACGAUGCGCUGCAGCACUGCAAGAUGAAGGGAACAGCCUCGGGCAGCUCCCGCAACAAGAGCAAGGAUAAGAAGUACACGCUGACCAUGGAAGACCUGACGCCGGCACUGGCAGAAUACGGCAUCAAUGUGAAAAAGCCGCACUACUUCACGUGAAGAUGGAGGGGGUGGCGCUGGGGACUUUUUUAGGGUCGCUUCUGUGCCAUUAAACAGCUGGGUGGGUUUUUU